CUUUUGCAUGGCAUGAAAUCACAAUGAUAACCCUGCUAUGUAAAAUAAGGUUUCAGUUAAACAAUGUUGCUCUGGACAACAGUCAUUAUUCAACUCUUAUUUCAUCUCACCCCCACACAAAAAAGUAAUAACAGGAAUUAGGAAAGUCAAUCACCUGGUCAUCUAGGCCUGUCUAACAUAGACCAACAGUAGAGCUAAAUAUAACUACUUCCAUUUUACAAGAUACUGUACUGACUCCUAGUUUCAUCUAGUUUCUCCUAGUUUAUAGUAUUCUAUACUAUAAUAAUAAUUUUAUAGAAAAUGCAUAUGUUUCUACAUAUCCAAAAUCUCCUGACCAAUACUUUCCCAUGCAAUGUGCUUAUGAGUAUGAUUUUCAUUUCAUGAUAUCCGUUGUCUCACAUGCAACUGCAAGUGAACAGAAAAUGUGCUACAUUUUGUCAUCCACAUGUCCUGUUUGAUUAAUCUUGACCUUGCACUUCAGCCGCAAUUCCCUCAUACCAAGUCUCACGAGAACUCUCCCCCACUGCACAGCUGGUAUUCACCAAAAAAAAAAUCCUAAAUCAAAACAAACCCAGUCAGCGGAUGAAAUCUGUCCAGCGCAGAUGAAAAGGCCUGAAAGGAAGACACUCCCUUCCACAAAUGCCAUAGACUCACACAGAGCUCUUUUUCAGCAGUAGCAUUCCAGAAAGUGACUACAGCUAAAACCUUUCAUGAAGAAACUUUAAUUUGGAAAGAAGGACAGAGAAAAGGAUUUUAGGUCGAUAUGGUGAUGUAACACAGCUGGAAGAGACUGUUGCAUGAAAGCUACUCUCGAAAUCAUCAUGGAGACAAGUCACUGUGUUUUCCCUGUGUUUCUCUGCAUUUCUCUGAUCUUGACACAAUGGGACACAAGUUCAGCUUGCCAGUCAGGCUCUCAGGAAGAAUGUGAGAAAGCCCCGUUUGUGCCUGGUUACAACCUGGCGGGCGAAGGAUUUGACAUUGUCAGGAUGCGCCGUAAAGGGGCCUUUUUGAUCAAUGUCAAGUCACACAUGGUCAACGGCACUUGUACGGUCUGCAAGAACCGCUUCCAGGGAGGCCAGAUGCAGAAACUUCCCUCAGCUGUGCGGGACUGGCGUCCGUUCAGUCGCUGCAGCAAACAGCUUUCUAGUGCUCUUCAUCAUUCUGUUGACUCCCUGAUGAAGAGUUCAACAUCACUCAUCAAUAACAACUGGGAAAUGGACCUACGCGUGGAUGACAUAGGAAAGGCAUUUAUUGGAGGGAGCCAUUCAGAUAUUGCCAAAUUUGCCCAAUAUCAGAAUGCAAUGGAUAAGGCAACAUUUGCCCUCCAUGAAAUCAGCUGCACAUAUUACAGUUUCAGAGUUACAGACCACCCAGAACUCAGCACUGAAUUCUCAAAACAUCUCCUGCGACUUCCGAAACAAUAUGAUGAGGAAUCAGAAGCCCUGUACCGAAGGACUAUAGAUACUUACGGCACUCACUACAUACGUCAAGUUCAUCUGGGAGGGCGAGUGAGGCGGGUCACGGCUUUUCGGACUUGUCUUGCAACCCUGAAGGGCUUCUCAGAGACUGAUAUCAAGAACUGCCUAAACAUUGAGUUAAAGAUGAAUCUGGGGUUCCUGCCAGCUAAUAUCUCGCUUUCCAACAAAUGCUCUCAAAUCCUUAAAGAUAACAUGAACAUGGGAUUCCACCAGGGCUUCAUGACACACAAGACAGAGGUGCUGGGAGGUGAGAAAUACUUCCCAGACCUUGUUUUAAACCAAAGCCCAGCUGAAGCAUACUCCAACUGGAUGAUGAGCUUGCAUGACAAUCCUGAAGUCAUAUCAUAUGCAAUUCUCCCUCUCCAUCAUCUGGUGGCUGAUCCUGAGGUUAGUGGCAAUCUCAAAAGAGCAGUAACAGAGUAUAUUGAAGAGAACAUGCUUUCUGUAGAUCCCAAGGAGAAUCAAGAAUGCUCACAAACACCAAAUCUGGACCACAACUGCUGUCCUAUGCAAGCCGGCCGUGGCAAGUUAGCAGUGAUGGUGCAGAGAGCAGCAGGCCUGAAAGCAGAUCUCUUCACACGUACUGACGGUUAUGUGAAAGUCUGGUACAACCUCAUGUAUGAGGAGACUGAGGUGAUUAUGGACAAUAAUGAUCCUGAAUGGAACAUCAGUUAUGAUUUUAGAUCAGUUGAGUUCGGUCAUGACCUCAUAUUUGAGGUUUGGGACAGUGAUGUCAUUUAUAAUGACUUCGUGGGGCAAUGUGUGGUCCGACCUGAACGUGGAUCUCAUUCACACAGCUGUAAAUUAAAGAGAGGCAUCCUGUAUUUCACCUACAACGCUUCUUGUGAUGCUCAUCUGACUGGACCCAGGUGCAGCAGAUAUUCCCCAAAAGGAUAAGAGCUUGUAUUUGUAGAGAACAAUACAUACUAAAAGAAUAUAAAGAAUAUUUAUAAUAAAGAAUAUUUCUGCAUAUUGCUUUUUAGACAGUUAUCAUUAUUGUAAACAGAAAUGUAAAAAAAAUAUCGCAAAUAAAAAAGAAUUACAUUAUUUUGUAAAAUAUUUCCAGUAAUGAUAGUGUUCGAAUGUAAAUUCACAUUUUGAAAUUUCUUCUUUAUUAUUCGUAGCCUAUUAUUUGUAUUAUUUUUUUUUAGACUUGAUUUUAAGAUUUGACACCUGCUUUUGUUCCGCUACUGCAGAAAAUAGUUUUGCUUUCGGUGGUCUUACUCCUGUGCGUGACUGUGGUUAUGCAUUGCAAAGUCAAAAGAUCUUUUCAUGUUCUGCAACAGAUGAUUCAUUAAAACAAAAACUGUCCACUGGUUCAAUGAA